AUGUUACCUAGGAUAUCUUAGAGUCAACAACUUCAUUCACUUCAUUAUUCUGAGGAAGUAACAUUAAACGAAGUGAAAAGAAGGAAAAAAGAAUUAGAAUUGUAGGCAUAAAGUGUGGAGAAUCGAAUAAGGUAACUUCGAAAUGAAGAAGGCAAAUUAAUCAAAAGAAUUAAAUAAACAGAAUAAUUGACAUCUGAAGUUUAUCAAUAAAAAGUAGCAGCUCAUCUGAAAAAGCAAUAAAAAUUACAAUAAAAUGCACUUUAUUAUAGAAAUUCAUAGAAUGAUUCCAAAGAUCUAAUAGAUUAGUCCAUUGGAAAUGAUCGAUAUAGAGAACUCUACAUAAAAACAACCAUAGAACGAAAUUAAUUGAAAAAAGUCAAAUAAGAAUUCAGAUAAUAUAAACAUGAUGAAGCAUAAAAUUACAGGAAGUUAUUAUAAUAUGAACAGUUUAAAUUUAUUGAGGAACAAAGAAAGUGGCAAGAAAAUUAGAAGUUAAAAGCAGCUUUAAGGAAGCAAGAGUAAAACUUAUCAGAAAUUCUAAUACGAGAGAAAUUAAAUGAAAAAAAAAUCAAAAUAAAAUAGGAACAGGAUUAAUUAAAAGUCAAAACAAUUCAAGAAAAUGAAGAAAAAGAAAAACAUAUCAAAUAAUUAGAGAUUUAGGAAUUGCAUAUUGUGCAAAAGCUAUAGGCAACGUAAUAAAGGGAGAAGGAUGUUAAAGGAAAAUUGAUUGCUGCCACUAGACUAUAGCCAGAGCAAUUUGCUAAAACGUUUCACUCCGUUAACAACACAUCAUUAAUUGCAGAACAAUCUAACAUAUAAAAUAAUAAUAAAUAAGAUGGUUAUUAAUAAGAGAAUUAAUAAACUCAAAGUAACAAUGAACAAAAAGAAGAAUAACAUAACGAAGGCCAGUAAGGUACAUAAACUGAAGAGUGA